AUGUCCCCCUCCGCAAACCCCCAGCAAAAGAACACAAUGGCCACGUCACCACCCCAAGACCCCUCCCUCGAGCGGGCCCUCGAAGAAUGGAACACCAAAUCCAUGGCCCGGUGGGCCUACAACGCCCCAAACGACUACGAGCUCUGGCUCGUCCCCGGGAAAGCGCAAAUGGACACAUACGCCGUGUUCGUGCACAAGUACGACCGCUCCGACGGCCACUGGUUCCACUGCGUCUUCACGCGGACGUACACCGUGAACCCCGAGACCGGGACGCGCAGCGGCGCCGACAGCUGGGUGUGUACGCGGGAGUCGAUACCGUCUGGUCCAGACGCCGCAGACAUCGAGCUGGACGGCGUCCAGGGGAAGUGGCCGAUGUGCACGUUCCCUGAGGCGCGCUUUGCGGAGAUGGUUCAGGUCUUUGAGAGCCAUAAGGCGAGGGCUCCCGGGGGCUCGGACUUCGGGGCCUGGGAUUGGCUUUAUGAGUGUGUUGAGAGGGGUGUCUUUCCGAUUGGCAGGGAGGAGUUUGAGUUCCAUUAUCCGGAGACGCGGCGCUUUCGACCUCCGCAUUGA